AUGACCAUGACUCAAACAGAAGCUCGCCCUUCCCGGGCUGGGCCCAUGAGUAUAUUUCAAAAAUGGUGGAAAUGGCUAGACUUGGACUCCCGCACUAUGCUCCUCAUGCUAAAGGGGGCACUGGCCCCAACCAUCACCAUCGCCAUAUACCAGAGCACGGCUAUAUCCCGCAUCACGUCCACAAUCGGCUACCUAUCUGCGUUGAUCUCCGUCCUUUCGCAGGGAUUGAUGCCACGGGCCAAAUUUAUGAAGAUCAUGUUUUACGAUCUCCUGUCCACCUGCGUCUCCGCAUCAUUAUGCUGCCUUGCCAUAUUCUGUGCUGUCAAAGCUCGAGAGCACAAUACCCCAAGACCCGACGGAUUCAGUAGUGACGCCUGUGCUGUUGCUGCUAUCUGGCUCAUUUUUAUGAUCUGGGGUGCAAACUCUCUUCGCGCAUUAAAGCCAAUGGAACUACAGGAUCCAAUGGUUGCCUUUUCCAUUUUCGCUUCCGUCACCAUCACCCGUGCGGGCAUGUUCACGAGUCUCACUGAAGGCCUGGAAUUCGUAUCCCGUCUCUUGAAAGGGUUUAUGAUCGGCUUUGCGAUUGCCACAGGCGUUUCCCUGCUCAUUCUGCCGAUCACAAGUCGAGGGGACGUAUUCCACGAUAUUAAAGGGUACCUCGCGUCUGUGGAAGACGUUUUAGCGGCUCAGGUCUCAUUCACAGAGGGAAAAACGGUAUUUGGAUUAUUUACGGGAAGCGGUCUACUGCGGCGGACACGGACUGCAAUGGAGCAGGACGCGCAAGGCGAAACAGAUCUACAGUCUAAAAGAAACAAGCUCCAAAUUUGCAUGACCAAGCUCAACGGUCUCCAUAGCAAACUGCACGCGGAUCUCUUCUACUCCAAGGACGAGAUAGCGUGGGGCAAACUGUCAGCCGACGACCUAAGCGCCAUCGCCACGCUGCUUCGCAGUCUUCUGCUGCCUCUUUCUGGAAUGUCGAUGCUGCCAGAAAUCCUGGAGAUGAUAGUCAAGAAUGAAGGACCGCGCGAAGCUGACGACAAUCCGGAAGGGGGGCUGAAAAAUUUGGAGAUUCAAAAUGUACUGGAAACGAACCACGCGCGUCUGGUCCACGCAACAAAGCUUGUCCAGCAGGGUCUAUCCCAUUUCCUCCUAGCGCUGGAGCUUAUCACGCCUAAGCAUUUAGACAAGCGGACGCGCGGCGCACAAGCCAGGGACACCGAAGCAAGGGGCGAGGAGCUAGACCCCACACAGCCGGACUUUGGGUCACGCUUUGAGGCGGAAUUGCACAGCUAUUCUUCUGGGAGGAAACAGCUGCCCGAGGCGCUGGCGUCACUUGAGGCAUAUUCGGAGAAACCGGGAGAGGCUCGCUUCGCGGAUCCGGAUGUGAGGCAGGAAUUCUUCGUGAUUCUGCAUCUGAGCCAUUUGCAGGAUGAUCUGCUAAAUUCGACGCUGCAGUUAGUGCAAUUUGCUGAUGCGAAGGUUGCCGGGGGGACGAUGAAGCGUGGGAGGUUGAUCUUUCCGAAACAGAAGUCUAUUUCGGAGUGGUUCUCGCUCGGUAAGAAGGAGGAGGAGCGACAUGAUAGUAGACAGUCGUCGCAUGUGGAUCCUGGUACCUUCCACCGAGUUCCUCAGUCGACGGGCUUUCCAGAUCCUGAACAUCUUCCGCCGGAAAAUAUCUGGGAGAAAGGGAGCACUGUGCUGCGAAGUAUUUCGCAUGCCAUCAAAUCGGAUCAGAGCCUUUUCGGUUUCCGAGUCGCCGCCGCCUCGUUCUCUGUCGGGAUUCUUGCUUAUCUUCACCAGACCCAGGACUUUUUCAUCCGACAAAGAUGCAUCUGGGCCAUGAUCGUCAUCGUCAUCGGAAUGAACCCGACAAGCGGCCAAACCAUGUUUGGCUUCGUGGCGCGCAUCGUCGCGACAGCGAUUUCGCUCGUCCUAAGCUUGAUAGUGUGGUACAUCGUCGACGGCAAAACCGCCGGUGUCAUAAUCUUCCUCUACCUAGCCAACGUGCUCGAGUACUAUUUUUACAUCAAAGUGCCCCAAUACUUCGGCGCCUCUGUCAUCUCAAUCGUGACGCUAAACGUAAUAAUCGGCUACGAGCUCCAAGUCCGCAAACUAGGCCUUCCAGCGGCUGAAUCCAACGGCCAACCAUACUACCCGAUCUACCUUUUUGGCCCAUACAAACUCGCUGCCGUCGCAGCAGGCUGCGCAAUAUCUUUCUUCUGGGUAAUAUUCCCAUACCCGAUAACUGCAAAAUCACAACUCCGGAAGCUCCUCGGCCGAAGCCUCUUCGUCCUUGCCAAAUUCUACAGCUGUAUGCAUACUACCAUCGAACUCUGGCUCAGUUCCUCCCUAGGCGACGCCAAAAACCCAUCUUCACCAGGUCACCAGCUCCAGAAAUCACGACACAAAAUCUUCAAAGAAGAAAUGAUGCUCCUCACCGGCCUACGCAUGCACAGCCACUUCAGCACAUUCGAACCGCCUAUCGGAGGCAAAUUCCCCAAACAAAUAUACGAUAACAUCAUCGCUGAGAUCCAGCGCAUUCUCACAAGUAUGUCUCUAAUGGCACAUACAGCACAGAGCCUAGAAGCCCUCUCCAUAAAACACUCCUCUGAAAAGAGAGAAGAUCAAUGGAUGGCGCAGAUGGCAGAGAUAGCGCUUAAAUCGACGGAUUUCAAUUCCCAUCAGAUUACCUCGCUUCUGUGUCAUAUCUCUGCAUCGAUUGCGAAUGCGCAGCCUUUACCGCCUUACCUUUCGACAGGAGAGUCGUUUCCGCUUGCGAGGCAGAUGCAGAAGAUUGAUGAGGGGUUGUUGAGUAUUAAGCACAUUGAAGAUCCGGCAUUCUCGGCCUUUGUCUCAUUGGAGGUUCUGAGGUCUGUCGUUAGUUUUAGUUUGCAAGGACUGUUAGAUAAUGUGCGGAAACUUGUUGGCGAGCUGAGCUUUGAUUUCACUCCGAGGGAUAUGCAGAGGGAGGAGGAGGCGGAAUUGUUGGGUGGCUCUGGUCAAGACGAAGUUUAG